AUGUUAAGACUCACUGUCACAAACACUUUUUUUCUGUUCCAGGUGUCAUGGGUUCGACAUCGGGACAUCCACCUCCUCACGGUAGGAAGGUACACUUACACAUCAGACCAAAGAUUCGAAGCUAUACACACCCCACACACCGAGGAGUGGACGUUAAGGAUACGCUAUCCGCAGAAAAAGGACUCUGGUAUCUACGAGUGUCAAAUCAGCACGACGCCACCUGUCGGGCAUCCGGUUCAUCUCACAAUUGUAGAACCCAUCACGGAAAUCUUGGGCAGUCCCGAGCUCUUCAUCAACAUGGGUUCGACCAUCAACUUGACCUGCAUAGUCCAGUACGCCCCUGAACCGCCCCCCAACAUCGCCUGGUCACAGAACUCAGAGGUGAUCAAUUUCGACUCGCCACGCGGCGGUAUCAGCCUAGUCACUGAAAAAGGCUUCAUCACCACCAGCCGCCUACUGAUCCAGAAGGCGGGCCAGGGUGACUCAGGGCUUUACACCUGUACGCCGUCCAACGCCAAUUCCGCCAGCGUCCGUGUUCAUAUACUAAACGGGGAACAUCCCGCUGCCAUGCACCACGGCCACGGCUCCCUGACCAGCCUCUCCCACGCCACGCUGCUGUUGAGCCUGGUGUUCCUGCUGGUCCUGAGGCGUCCGACGUAG